CGAAGAAAGAGGACUUGUAACAAUGAUUUUGGUAUAUAAAUAGGUCGUUUGACCUUCGACAAUCAAACCACCUUCAGACUCGAUCGGAGGCUUUCUAUAAUUGGAAACGAGGAUGUCGACAACCCAGUUCUUGUACGACAUAGCAAACUCUUAACUUGGGACCUAAAAUUGGGUUUCCGUCAAUCAAUCAAAUGGGGCAAUUUUCCCUCUCAAAUCGCUCCGUCUCCCUGUCCCUCUCUCUCAUUCAAGCUUUCAAGUAUCAAGAUUGGCAGAAACAUCCGCAAAAUCCCAGAGGGUAAGAAAAUACUCAUCCGCAGAAACCCAGAGGGUAAGAAAAUACUGGUACUACUUUAUCACUAUUUCUGUAAUUUUCCCGAGAAAGUUUACGCCUUUCAUUUUCCCGAGAAAGUUUCUGCAUUUGGGUUUACAGCAAUGCAUUCAUCUCGUCCAUUUCUCUUCUGGGUCCUUUUCUUUUUCGUCUCCAACCUCAGUUUCCCUUCGCUUUCUGUCCCGUUCUUGCCUGCGACGAACAAUAACCUCACCCUCUUAGGCGACGCUUCAAUCACCAACAACUCCAUUAGUCUCACUCAAGAACUCACCACAUGCCCCUCCUCCCCUUCUGCUUCUUCUGGCGUUGGAAGAGCAUUUUACGCCUACCCAAUUCGGUUUCUUGACUCGAAAACCAACAUAACUGCCUCUUUCUUGUGCCGAUUCUCUUUUUCAAUCACCCUAAGUUCCCGAUUGUGUUCUUCUGGAGAUGGCAUUGCGUUUGUGAUCACCCCCGAUGUUGAUUCUCUGGGGUCAUACAGAGGGGGGUAUAUGGGACUUCCGGAGCCAUCCUCGGUGUCGAAAGAAUCGUUCUUCGCCGUGGAAUUCGAUACUAGGUUUGAUCCUAUGGUUGGUGAUAAAAACGGUAACCACAUAGGUAUUGAUUUGAACACAGUUGUGUCUGUUGCCACUGUUGGAGUUGUUUCUAGAGGGAUUGAUUUGACAAGUGGGAGGGAGAUUACUGCUUGGAUUGAGUACAGAGAUGCUGUCAAGAUGAUUCGGGUUUGGGUCGCAUACUCGUCAACUAGGCCUCCAACGCCUCUUCUUGUUGCUCAGAUUGACCUCUCCAACGAGUUCAAGGAGUUCAUGCGUGUCGGUUUCUCUGCCGCAAAUGGACAGGGUGCUUCAAUUCACAGGGUCACCAAUUGGAGAUUCAAGACUUUCAGGUCUCUUCCACCUGGGAUUCCUGCGGAUGCCUUUGAAAAAGGGGACUGCUUCAUGUGCUCUCCACCAGAGGAUUCAAGUACCAAAAGCAGCCCGGAAAAUCAUUCCCAUGAAAGCAAGCAGCCCGGAAAAUCAUUCCCAUGAAAGCAAAGUGGAGAUGCCUCUUGGGUUGGGAGGUUUAGCUGCAUUUGUUGUCUCCAUACUCGCAUUUGUUUGUGUCAUUUGUUUUGUGUUUGUGAAGAAGAGAGAUUUCACUGCCAUAAGAGCCACUUUGGCAAGGAUUAGUAGCUCAUAAUAGAUCAAGUAACCUCACAAUUAGUAGGAUUUCAGUGCAGUUUGUAACAGAGAAAUUAGGUUUGUUGUUUUGGAAUCUUGCGUUGUUUGAUGUCGUUUGGAAAUGAAAUGCUCAGUUUGUUUAACAGAACUUUUCCUUGUCUGUUUAAUCA